CUGACACUCUCAAACUUCAGUUUUGGUAAAUUUCGGGAGGUUGUUUUACGAGCCGGUGCUAUCAGACGUCUUUCCUCUGGUCCGAUAGUAAAUACAAAGAUAUACAAUAUCAGAAAAAUCUCUUUCAACUCUAGCUGCUAAAACGAACACAGAAUUCUGUCAUCUUUUAAUGAAGUUUUUCUUUCAUUGAAAUAAGUGUGCGGCUAAGAUGUAAGCAAUGAGGGACUAAUUUCUAGCUCUUUUCUUACGCAGUUGAUGCAUUUCCUCUGUUCGUGACUAUAGGGGACGUAAUCGUGUUUCACUAAUGGAGUAAUUAUGUCACGUUCUGUGUUCUCAUUGGCUAUAGUCUACAUGGUGUUGACCAACUUCUUUGGGGCGUGUCAUGAAGAUGGGUAUGAAGGGGUCACCGAUGACCACGUCUUUGAAGAUGAGUUCAUGAAUGAGGACCCCGAGCCCAAGUUCCAGUCCAGCGAGCAGAGGCUAAUGAACUACCUGGUGAGGAACUACGACAACAGUGUACGCCCCGUCUACGACUCCACCCAGGCGGUGGACAUUCAGCUGGGCUUGACCUUAACCCAGAUCCUGGACUUGGAUGAGAAGAAUCAAGUUUUGACCACUAACGUCUGGCUCGAAGCAGAGUGGUUUGAUCAAAGACUCAAUUGGUCAGUUUCAGACUUUGGCGGCAUCUCGUCCAUCAGGAUCCCGUGCCAGAAACUGUGGCUGCCGGACAUCGUCCUCUACAACAGUGUUGACGACUAUACUUCCGGUUACAUGCCUACUCUGGCCAUGGUGUACAACAAUAGUCGAGUCUUCUGGGGGCCUGUCAUCCGUUUCCGGUCCUCCUGCAAGAUUGAUAUCACUUUUUUCCCUUUCGACACGCAGGUGUGCAAAUUGAAGAUGGGAUCAUGGGCGUACACUGGCUUGCAGGUGGAUGUUUGGAAUAGUUCUACCACAAUGGACUUGUCCAAUUUCGUGGAUAAUGGAGAGUGGGAACUGCUAGGUGUGGCUGUCAAGAGAAAUGUAGUCUAUUACGCCUGCUGUGAGGAGCCGUUCCCUGACGUCACGUUCACUAUUCAACUCAGGCGACGGACCAUCUACUAUUUUAUGAACAUUAUCAUCCCUUGUAUCAUUCUAAGCUUCUUGUGUCUUGGCGGGUUCUUGUUACCAUCUCAAAGUGGAGAGAAGAUAACUCUGGGUCUCAGUGUCCUGCUGACCAUCACAGUUUUCAUGCUGAUGGUGGCCGAUAAGAUGCCCCAGACUUCAGAGUCCAUUUCAGUCAUAGGAAUCUAUCUUAUGGUUGUAUUAGCUACCAGCUGCCUGUCCGUCCUCUCCUCUGUUUUAAUACUCAGCCUCCACCACCAGCAUGGGAGACCAUCGAGGGCGCCACUGUGGCUCCGGAAACUGUGCUUCAAUAUCAUCUCUACUGUUCUCUGCUUGCAGCAGAGGCGCAGGACGAUACACCCACUCGGGGUCAAAGUGGAAACGCCCAAAGGGAGCAACGGUUUUAAGAAAGAGGCAAAGUUCCGGUCAAGCAGUAAGGUGGCCAGUAGCGAGGAUGAGAGGGAGUACUUCCGGAUGGACCACAGUGGCCAGAACUCUCAUGGGGAAGGCGUAGCCAACAAGGGCCCCGAUCGAUUCAAGCCAGCCAAGAACUACACUUACGAUCAAUGCUACCCACCUCGGAACGGGGCGCGGCACCCUUACGCCCCUCGGAAACACAGCACGUUGAAGCAGUACAAGUUUUACCCUUCCAGCGGGCCGGCACGAGGCGCCGCGGGGCAUUCCGACAGCAGUUUCAGUGAUAAACACUCAGGCGUCGCCGCCGAGGGCGCGGACAUAGAGAGCCUGGAUGACGACUCCUGCGACGAGGCGAGGCCGAGGGUGGAAGCAUCCCGCCACCGCCAGACUUACAGCGUGGUGGUCAAGUACCUGAUCAACCUGAUCCAGACACGCCACGAGGGCGAGGUCAGAGACGAAGAGAUCUUUCAGGAGUGGCACGACGUGGCCUUCGUUCUGGACAGGCUUCUCUUUUAUCUCUUCUUCCUGAUCACGCUGGUUUCCACCGUGACAAUACUGGAGAUGAGGCCGGAGGAGGAGAGAAUUGUUUGACCAUUCACGUGACAAGUAGACUUCUUCAGGCGCCGGAAGCUCUAAUACUGUGUAUACCGCUUCCCUAACUUCUAAUACCUAAUCUACAACAAAACCUUAGGUCAUUCUAAAGUGUAGGACUAUACAAUGAUAACAAUCAGGGCCGGCCUCAGGCAUAGGCGAACUAGGCAGCCCCCUAGGGCCUCCGAUUAGUGAUGGCCUCAACCUGCACUCAAAAAAUUUAGAGAAAAAAAAUGCGAAACUUGGAUCAGAUCUCAAACACAGCAGAACUCGAUGAAUCGUCUGCUAGCCUCGCUCUAAGUCUCUACUGUGAGUCAAGGUGCCAUUUGGAACGCUAGGGGAAUUGCGCUAUAUGAAUUUAUUUUAUUUGUUGAUUUAGGUAUAGAUGCAGGAUGGUUUCAAUCCAUUGCGUAAUUUUAUUUCUAGGUCUUUUUAUUUUCUAUUUCAUUUGGAGCUACCAAAUCCAUUUCGCCUAGGGCUUCCAACUACUUUAGGCCGGCCCUGUGAUUAAUGUUAUGACACAUGAAAUAGAUGGAAGCCUUCAUUGAACAUCAUUAAAUCUCAUAGUUUGUGUCCUGUCAACACGUGUACAUUAAUAGCCAUGUCGUGAAGACUAUUGACAAUGUACACAUCAUUUCUUCUCGAUGCAUCUCCAAACUUUAUUGUAUAACAUUUUCAAUGAACCACUUCUGUUUAGUCGAGCAAAGACUAACAACCUUUGGGCCGUUUGGUAAAUAGUUUCUUUAUUUAUUUAACCCUUUCUUAUUUCAAGUUUGUUGAGGUUUGUUGUUGGUUUUUUUUUACUCUCUCUGAGGUAUUAGUCUCAAAAAGCGCCAAAUUUGAAUAUUUUUUUGUAAAACUUUUCAUUAUCCCAUCGAGCUGAAAUCUCGCUCAUAAUCUCGUGGUGCGUGACAACACAUUUUAUUAAAAUUUCAGAAAGAUCAUUAGUGCAUUUAUGAAAAUAAAUGUUUUUGUUAUGUUGUGAGAAGACUAAUUAGUGGCCAUUUUAAUGUUCUAUUCAUUUUUAAGUCAUUUAUAGAUCUAUAUAUUUAUAGUUGACCUUUCGUCGGUUAGAUGAGUUGGUUAGAGCGUCGUACUAGGAAAGUGAAUGUCGUGGCUCAAUCUUUUAUUGGUAUUUUUUUUCUUUAUUUCUCAAUGACAUAUAAAAUUGGAAUAUUUAGUUGACCAUAUUAUUUUAACAUAAAAUAGAAAUUGAUUUUUAAACAAGAAAACAUUUAAAAAUACAAUUUCAAAAAACAAAGUGUAUAUUAAGUGUAAUUGUUUCAAUUACUUUGAUCAGUCAUGUCUCUAUAUUAAUAUUUGACCUAGACAUAAUAAAUCUGUGAGAUUAGAAAUAUGUUUACCGAUUGUUUUUAUUUAUCUUUAAGAUUUCUCGAUGCGCUAUAUUCACUUGUCUGGACCAGUUGGGAAAGGGGGAGGGAAGAAGGGGGUAUCUUGAUGAAUGUUUACACUUAAGGCUCAAGAGUCCUCAGGGGGACUAAUUCAACUUAUAAUCACAUCUGUCAAGUACGAUUUCUUUCACUUGUUCAAGAUACCAAACAAAAUAAUUAAUUACCGAUAUUUAAUUAACUUUAGUUUUUCUCAAAUAUGGUCAGGUACCAUUUAGAGCUGUGUGGACUCAGCAGCGCCCUGAAGAUCCCUGAAUUAAAUCUCAGUCCUCAGCAGGAUUCGAACACAGAACUCCUUGGUUCUGAAGCUAAACAUUUUAACCCUCAGCCAUCGCGCCUCCUAUAUAAAGACUAAAAAUAAAAUGAUAUAUAACAUAACAUAAUAUAUUGCUUAUGAUGAUGUUUUCUGAAAAAUCAUUUUUCUAACGUUGGUAUAGAGAAAAAAUUUGAACAACAUAAAGUAUGAAUGUAUUUAUAUUUACAAUAUGUAUAUAUACUGUUUAUUUCAAACAUGCUAAUAACAAUUCUCGAUCACGAUGUUUCAUUGUGUCAACGGUCAAU